AUAAAUAUGCACGUACCAUCAUUUAUUCAAUAAGUUGUUCUAUAGUAAACCCUUAUUUCUUUCUCUCUUAAAUUUUCUCACCCAUAUCUUAAAAUCUUAAGCCUUUGAUUGUGAGACUGAUUUUCCUUCAAUUAAUCAUACUAAUACAACCACCAAGCUCCCUAAAGCUUACCUCUGUCGGAUGCUCGAUUUUGUGAUUAGGAAAAUAAAUUCCUUCAAAUUUUUCUAGGAGAGUACAAGGAGAUUAGUAAUUGGAGGAAUUAAUAGUUGUACUUAUAGCUAGCAAAAAGACGCGAAAGCUAAUUAAUUAGCUUGCUAGAAAAUUAAUUAAGGUUAGUUAUCGUCAUGGAAGGAGGAGAUCAACAACAACCAAAGGAUGAAAAUCUGCCACCGGGAUUUCGGUUUCAUCCUACUGAUGAAGAGCUUAUUACUUAUUACCUUGUGAGCAAGAUCUCAGACGCGACGUUUUCAUGCCGAGCUGUAGCAGAUGUUGAUCUUAAUAAAUGCGAGCCAUGGGAUCUUCCAGGGAAAGCAAAAAUGGGAGAAAAGGAAUGGUAUUUCUUCAGCUUAAGGGAUAGAAAAUACCCAACAGGAGUGAGAACAAAUCGCGCAACCAACACAGGUUAUUGGAAAACCACCGGGAAGGACAAAGAAAUCUUCAAUAGUGUUACGACGGAGUUGGUUGGGAUGAAGAAGACAUUGGUGUUCUAUAGAGGGAGAGCUCCUAGAGGGGAGAAAACCAAUUGGGUUAUGCAUGAAUAUCGAGUUCAUUCUAGAUCUGCUUAUAGAAGUGCUAAGGAUGAAUGGGUUGUUUGCCGAGUAUUCCAAAAAAGUGCAGGCAUCAAGAAAUACCCUACAACACAAUCAACAAGAGCAAUUAACCUAGAAAUGGGACAAAGUCACAUACUUCCACCCGCUAUGCUCCCCAUAGAUCCAGCUCAAUUUAACCUUGGAAGAAACUACAUGAUGCACAAUCAUGUUGAUCAACUCGCCGAGCUCUCACGUGCCCUAAGAACUAGUGGUGCCACAAGUGCAAACUUACCUAUGCAAUCCCAAAUAAACUACCCUCUAGGAGGUGGUGGUGCGCCGGGUGGUGGUGGUGGUGGUGGUGGAGGGUUUACCAUCUCUGGCCUUAACUUGAACCUUGGUGGGGCAGGAGGUGGUGCAACACAAGGCCCACCGCCUUUAAGGCCUAUGAUCAACCAACAAGGUGCACAACAUGAUGUUACUUCUUCCAUGUUGAGUGGAUUAGAGAGUGGUUAUGUUCAACUAGAUAUGAACAUAAAUGGGCAUGGUGGAUCAAGUAAUAGGUUUAUGAAUGUGGACAAUUGUGUCGAAUUCGACAACUAUUGGCCUACAUAUUAGGGAGAGUAAUAAGAGCAACAACAACAACCUUCAAUCUAGUAAUGUAUUUUGCCAUCAAUUGAGUAUGGCGCGACCGCGGAAGAAAAAUGGCAGAUUUUUUUAUAAGGAUAAGUAUAUGUCUAGCUAGGGAGAUGCAAGUAGAUAACAACCAUAUGGAAGUCAUUUGGUUGUAUUACCAAUAAGCUUAAGUGCUAAUGCAAGUUCAGCGGCAAGUUUAAUUUGUAGUAACUAAGUAAUAUCAUGUUUAUCAGUUGCAACUUUGUUAGUUUUUUUUUUUUUUUUUUUUUUUUUUUUAAAAAAAAAAUAUCUUUUUAACAUGUAAUUUGUGGCUAAUAGUGAAGUUAGAACUCCCAACAAAUUAAAUCUAUGUUAUUGUCUCUUCUA